ACCAUAGCACCUGUGGUACGCUGCAAGACUCGGGCAACACAAGGAGCAAAGAGGGAGGUGUUGGAGGAAAAAGGCUGUUUUAAGAUGAUUAUUAUCCGGGUUUUCCUUGUAAAAGACAAGUUAGCUCGUUUUUAUUAGCAAAGAAACACCGAGGUUAGAAAAUAAACCUGUUGAUAAUGUUUGAAACUGUAUAACUGUAAAUGUUAACCCAACUGGAACUAAAAACUGAAAUAAUCUAAUGAACCGACCAUGUUUACGUUGCUUUUGCGGCUAAAAUAAGAAGUUCCUUGAAAUUGGGGGAAAUGGAUUCAGGAAAAGUUGUGCUCAGAAGAAACCUUCCUGUAAUCAGACCAGGAGCAUCUUAUAAGAACCAGCACAUUCAUGAGAUCAGCGCUAAAAGUCUGGAUCUCAGUAAAGCGGUUCGUCUUCUUGAGGAUCCCUUGACAGCUAACCUGAAGGAGAGGCACCUUUUUGUACUGAAGAAACUUCUGAAGAGAAGCCAAAUUGGCUUUCAUUUGAAGGAGCUGACAGGCAUCGCCAAAAUACUCAACAUCUGUGCAGAGAAAGUGAAGGAUCACCCUGAAUAUGUGCCCAUUUUGUGUGAUGCCCUUAAAAUUUGUAGGCUUCCCUUCCUGAAGGAGAAAGCAUCUGAUGAGCUGAACUACGCUCAGGACGUUAUAGAGUUCUUCUCUCACAUGGGGUGUCUGAUGAGGGUGUCAGAUGCUGAAGUGAGACAACAGAUAGUUGAGUCUGUGAAAUCAUUCUACAGCUGUGUGACUCGUAAACAGCUGCUCGAUGGUACGGACCGCCCCACCAAGCCAAAGCCUUGGACUUUCCACUCUGACAACCGAUUUUCUAGACUUUCGCUAAGUCUCCAGCCAACCUCUCCAGGCUACAGGCUGCAGCUGCUGGAGCGCAGUGACCUGGCUCAGUCGUUGCUCCUCUCCAUGUCUGCUCUGGAGAACCAGCCCACCAUUAAGCUGCAGCUCCUGCAGACACUUCAGAUCCUCUCCAGCUCCUCUGAUUUGAACUGUGUGUUAAUACUGAAUGCACGAGGAGCAGAGACGAUCUGUCUCCACAUGAACGAACCAGACCAGUCCGGUCAGGUCCUGUUCUGCUCCUCCGAAAUCCUCUGGAACCUGCUGGAGAGAGGCAGCAAAAAGGAGGUCACUGCUCAGCUCAGCAACAUGGAGUGUGUCGUAUCUCUGAAAGAAGCGUUUCUUCAUCAGCUUAUGAACGGUUUCCGACAUUCUGACCUCCAGCUCAGAAAUGAUCUGCUUGUGAUUACGACUCUCAUUGCUGAAAAUCCCAACUCUCUGCUUAUUGAGAGUUUAUUUGCCAAACAGCUUAUAGCUUUCGUCACAUUUCCAGAGAUGAAAAGUCACAACCCUUUGGUUCGCAACCUAAAGCUGAACUUCAGUAACGAAGACUUGAAAAUGAAGAAGUUGCUGUUGAAUCUGUUGGUUAUAAUGUCGAAGGACUUAGCUGCCCUGCAGCUUUAUAAAGAAGAAAGAGUUAUGCUUGCUCUGCUGACGCUCAUGAAGCCGCCUGUUGCCUCAUCUGAGCGCCGGUCAGGUUCACGUCACUGGUCCUCCAUCCAGCAGGAGGAGCUCCAGCUGCAGGCGCUGGCCACCCUGGCCACUGUCGCUCCGCUCAUGUUGGAUGACUACAUGUCCUGUCAGGGAAAUGCGUGUCUACUGCUCCUGUUGGACUGGUGCGUCCGGCAAGAUUCUUACUUUGGUCAGGGUCACAGCUUUCACGGCACAGGAGGAAGAAGCAGUAAGAAAGCUCAGAUGCGUCAUUGUAUCAGAGUUAUGAGAUCUGUGACGUCUAUAGGUGAAGACUCAGUCAACCAGGACCUUUGUGAUCAAGGAACCAUCAACCAGCUCUUAGGUAUUUUGAUGCAGAUGGAAGCAAGUCCAGAUGAGGAGGAUGUCGUCACCCUGGAGAUAAAGUCAGACAUUCAACUGAUACUUUCAGCACUGUGUGAGACUGACAUGCACAGAAAGGAACUGUUUGGCUCAGAAGGAGUUGAGAUGGCCGUUCACUUCCUGAGGAAAGGCGCCAACAAGUUCUACAGCGGUCUGGGACACAACAAGCUCAUCCUUACUACAGUGGACUGUGUGUGGUCCUGUAUUGUAGGCUGCUACACCACAGAAGAUUAUUUUUUGGCCAAAGAGGGAGCGUAUCUUCUGUUGGAUCUACUCAAUUCAAGCCCCAGAUGCAUACACUCCAUCGUCCUUGCCACCCUGCUGGAGUUAUGUGACAACCCAAACACAAUGUCUCACAUCCUGAGCUGGAAAGAUGACGGCGGUCAGACAGCUCCCAGACUCCUGCUGCAGCUGUGGAGGGAGGAGGAGGAGGAGCUGAAAGUCAGCCGAAACCAAUACGGCGGGAUCGCAGAUCCCCAGAAGCCCAUCCUCAGUCUUUACCAGCAGGGGGACACCCAGCUGCCAUUUCCUGCCCACGUACCGAGUGCAGCAGUGCUGGAGAUAUCAGAGAACCUGCGGUCAAAGAUUUACUCCAUCUUCUGCAAACUUGGUUUUCAAGACCUUCCUGGAUUGUCAAGAAAAGAUUAUGUGACCUUGAGCAUCGUCAGGAGAUAUCUGGACUUCAAGGUCGGUGAGGUGUGGGAAGAGAUCAGCAGGGAGCUGAGUUUGGAUGGCGUGAGGCCGAUCACCCCUGAUGAGGAGGCUCUGAGUACUAUCUUGAAGAUUGCAGAGGACACAGCGAGGAGGGUCUCAGCAGAACAAAACAGCAUCCUGGAGCAGCAGGAGAAGGAGGACAUCAGCGAGGAGGAGCUCAUGUACACAGAGAUUAAGUCUCAUUGGAAGCAACGGGAGCUCACAGCCAAGUUAUGGGACAGUUACGUUUCAAAGACUUCAAACUAUGAAGUCCUGAAGGAAGUAAAAGCACGGAGGGAGAAAUACAUUGAAUCAUCCAGAACCAAACCAAAGCAUGAGGAUGCUGCAGUUCAUCAUACAGAGCAUUUCAUCGGGCAGGUCCUGUCUGUAGAGCGCACAGAUAGUCAGGGGCCUGCAGGAGUGAAACUGACCCUGGCCAGAGCUCCCAUCGAGGCUGCAUGUCAGGACGAAGUGGGACCCACAACACAGGACCCAGAAUACUUUAGCACCGUAUCUAUAAAAGACUGAUGUCAGGAAAGAUAAUGGUUUACUGCAAGACAAAAUACAAACAGUACAUUUUAACAGACCAAACAUUAACAUGUUUAUUAUGAAUAGUUGUUUAUAAGUGUUUUAUUUGACUUAUUAUUUUAUUGACUGCAGCAAAUGCAGACAUGAGGUCACUUGUUGUGCACAAUCAGCACCUUGUAGUCUAAUCCACCACCAAUCCCCUUAUAUAGACAAACACACACAGUGUAGUAAACUGACUGGUCUUUGUGGCCUCACAAAUCUUAUGUCAGCAUGUCUGAUGCACAUUACAACUGUUAAAUUCAUGUGUAUUAAAUAAAUAAAACAACAUAAGCAUUACAUGAAAGUGUUUUUGGAUGGAAAAUGUAGUUAACAUGAAAAUUGGUUAAAGAAUUAAACCUUUUGUCCACAAAAUUCA